GGAAUGGAAGGGAGGGAGACUGAGAAUACAUAUCCCGUUCCCGUUUACGAGGCGAGGCCCAUCCGCGUAAAAAAAUUGGACAGCUCUUGAUUGGAAGAAUCAAGCUCUGCUCUCGUGAAAAAAAUGGAUAUCUCUAGUUGCCACUCUGUUGAUGGGAAGAAUUAGAACAGUGUCGCAUACCAUAUACAAUGACGGCAUAAAUGCGGCACAGAGAUUGGACUCCAAUCCAACCUCGCAGAUGCACUUAGCCCCAAGAGUGAGGUGCAUCCACCACCUAAAUAACAUACGAAACUCUUCCCUUCAACUUAAACAAAUUCAUGCCCAAUUGAUUACCAGUGGCUUCAAACCCCCCUCCCCUUACGCCAAAUUAAUCACCCAUUUCUGCAACAAAUCUUCCCCAGAAGCCAUCGCCUACGCCCAUUUGAUAUUCCGGCACUACCAACACCCUCCAAAUCUCUUCCUCUUCAACACUCUCAUAAGAUGCGCUCCACCUCAACAUUCCAUCUCCAUUUUUGCCUCUUGGGUCUCCAACCCCCACUUCGAAUUCGACAAUUUCACUUUCAUUUUCGUGCUCGGAGCUUGCGCGCGAGCCCCAUCGGUGUCUACGUUAAUGAUCGGCAAGCAAAUUCAUACUCUUAUUCUCAAACGCGGGAUUGUUUCCAACAUUACGGUUCAGACUACGAUGAUACAUUUUUAUGCGAUUAAUAAAAAUGUGGGUACUGCGCGGAAGGUGUUUGAUGAAAUGUCUGUCAGAAAUAGUGUUACCUGGAACGCGAUGAUUGCAGGGUAUUGCUCGCAAUGUGCUCACAAGUAUGCCCGAGAUGCGUUGGAAUUGUUUCGGGGGAUGUUGGUUGAAUCAACGAAUUCUGAGGUGAAACCAACGGAUACUACAAUGGUUUGCCUUCUUUCAGCUGCAUCUCAACUGGGUAUGCUUGAAACCGGCGCUUGUGUUCAUGCAUAUAUCGAGAAGACAAUUGAUUCCCCUGAAAACGAUCUGUUUAUUGGCACCGGUUUGGUUAAUAUGUAUUCAAAAUGCGGAUGUCUUAACAGUGCUUCAUCAGUUUUUAAGCAGAUGAAGCAGAGGAACGUUUUGACGUGGACAGCCAUGGCGACAGGACUGGCCGUUCAUGGAAGGGGUAAAGAAGCAUUGGAGCUAUUGGAUGCAAUGGGAACUCAUGGUGUAAAGCCAAACGCAGUAACUUUCACAAGUCUGCUUUCUGCUUGCUGUCAUGGAGGGCUUAUUGAAGAGGGGCUCCAUUUGUUUCACGUCAUGGAGAGGAAGUUUGGGGUUGUGCCUCAAAUGCAGCAUUAUGGCUGCAUUGUUGAUCUUCUUGGGCGCUCUGGGCACUUGAGAGAGGCAUAUGAGUUGAUACUUGGAAUGCCAAUGGAAUCUGAUGGUGUUUUAUGGAGGAGUUUGCUGAGUUCUUGUAUGGUCCAUGGUAAUGUUGAAAUGGGAGAGAGGGUGGGUAAGUUGCUUGUGGAGAGACAGGGAGGGGAGAGUUUUGAUGAUGAGCGGUGUGUUGGAAGUGAGGACUUUGUAGCUUUGUCAAAUGUUUAUGCUUCUGCUGAAAGGUGGGAGGAUGUGGAGGCUGUAAGAGAGGAGAUGAAGAUCAAAGGGAUUGAAAAUAAAGCUGGGUGUAGUUCAGUUCAAACUACGGGUUCUCAAGGCUUGGAAGCCUUAUAGGCGCUUGAACUCCCCCGGAUGCGCUUCUGAAGAUGCUCCAAGCUCGCCACUCGCUGCAAGGAAGCUGUUCGUGCCAUCUUGUUCCUUGACGCAGUUGCCAUGUCCGGAGAAUUCUUCUGAAUAUUUGCAGAAGAAAU